CCACGAGAGGCGCUGGCUCCGAUCAUUUUGUUUUUGAUCAUGCUGCUCUUAUCAACUUUUCUACAAGUCAAUAAACAAUUCCACAUAAACACCAGCUGUGAGCGGCAAAUGCGAAAACUGGAAAAGUAAAGUAAUUAGCAAUAAGCAAUUUGCAAUCAAUUCUGAGAAUAUUUAAUAGUUUAUGAAAUUAAUAUUGGAGCUGUUGCUAUGGAACUGUGAUAGUUGUCAAAUAUUUUCUCGAUGUGUGAUCACGAAGAUUUUUUAUCCACCAAACUUGGGUAAUGAGUAUGCGAGAAGUCUUUUAUAAUGGCUGGUUCACCUGUUUUCAAAUUCAAACCAAGUUCGUGCAAAAAACAGAGGCUUCAUCGCAAAUUAUCAUUACAAAACGUCAGCGAAAAUCAAUCGAAACAUCUACCUCAGUUUCCUGUAACAGAUCCUAAACCUGACUCGUCUGACCAACGUCUUGAAACCAAAACCGAAACCAGUAGUAUUCAAAAUGUCACCAAUCGAACUGAACCGAACAAGAGUAUUAGCAGUAGCUUAUCAUCAUUUGUGUUCCCAAGUAAAAAAUGCGCCAAGAGGAAACUAAACUUCGACGUUGACGCCGAUAACGACGAUGUCAGUAGUUUACGAUUUAGUGACAAGAAUUUGAGUUUGUGCGGCUUCAGAAGUAAGACCUCCAGUGUGGCAGAUCAGAGAUCACUACCAGAUAUCCGAAACGCCGUUCAGUCACCGAAUAAAAAUCGAACUCGGUUCAGUGGCAGCUACAGAUCGUCGGUGGGUUCAGUUAUCAGUUGUCGUAGAAAAUUAUUCACUGAAUUCGAACAAUCAGUAAAAAGACCAAAGCUUACCUCGCCUGUUUUAUGCCAGAAAACCAAAUCUAACAAGAAGGAGAUUAAACUUUCUUUGAAAAAGAAAUUCCCCGGCGUACCAAACAGUGAUUCGGCUCGAAGCGGGUUGCUGUUGAAUUUAGCGUUUUCAAAAUACAACCUGUCAAACAGUAAAAAAGAAGAUGUUGCCGUUGAUUUUGUAGAUAAUGCGUCUGGUUGUACUACGACUAAAAAGGAUUUCGUUCAUUAUAGUCAUAUAAAGCAAGAUGAUUCUUCGCGUUGCCGUUCGCCAGUUUUUAUGGCUAUCAAGAAAGUAAAACGAAAAUUGAAUUUAGAAGAUCAAAGUACGUUUGUUUCAAACAAAUCUAUUGGAAGUAAUACCGACGAAAUAAAUGUGAAUCAGUCCAAAGAUGAAACUUCCACAGUUGAACCGGUGCAUGAGAAACAGAAUCAAUUGGAAAGUAAAGUUCAUUCUGAAGCUUACAAUAUUUUGGAAUUUGAACGUAAAAAUGAAUCGAUACCGCCUGAUCAGAAACCGAAGAAUUCUACAUUACCAGCUGUAACUGAAAGCGUUAAAGAAAACCAAGAUUCCAAACGUCACGAACCAUCAACCAAAAUAUUCACUCCAUUUUCACCCAUCAUUUCGAAACAAACUAAUAUGGGUCACUAUUCAUCAUCGAUGGAAAAACUUAAAAUCGCUAAAUGUAAAAACAACCUUUUCAAAAAUUCAAAAAUACGAUCCACUUUGAGAGAUAAAAUUUUCGAUCUCUCUAAAAUAAAUACGAAUUCGGACGCUAAAAUUACCAAUGAAACGAUUGAUGACCAGUCACCGAUUGAAGAUGGAAAUUCUACGAAUCACAAUCAAAUUUCCAUUGCCAAUAAAUCUGGAAAUAUUCGUCGAAGCGGAGUGUCGACUAAAGAAAAUUCGUCCCGAAACGUUACUAUACAUUCAAGCGGGCCAAAUGGAACAAAAAUUUGCAAAUCGAGAAAUUCGCGACAGUCGAAGAAGUGGAUUAAUCACGAUUCCUUCCAAGAACAUAAUUCUGUUAAUCGUCAGUUCAAACUUGGUAGUGUUACUUCUUGCGAUCAGAAAUUCUUAAAAUCCCAUAUGAACAGAUUUUUAGCUGAUUGUUUAACCUUUGCUGGGCAAAGAAGUGAAUCUGAUAAUGAAGGAUUUCCUGAUAAAAUUGCAAGAAAUGCACCCGAUGAUAUUAAUAGUAAAGAGAACAUCAUUAUCGAUGAUGAGCAGAGUCCAAACAAAGAAUCAACAGAUUUCAUCAUUGAGAAUGUCAAAUCUCAAGAUCAACCCGCAAGUAAAAUGAAAAUCACGACAAAUAAGUUAGUCAUAGACAAAAAAAAUCUGAGUUGCAAACGACCAGACAAUAAAAUUGAGAAUGUUGAUCUUCGAAAUGAAGCCGCUGAAAGCAAAUGCGAUGAAAUGAGAAUAGAGUUGAAAAAGUUUGUAAUCGACGAGAAGAAUCUUAAUAAUGAAAAAAACGAUUUUGCAAUUGAAAAUGUCGAUUCUCAAGAUGAAGUGAUCAUUGAAAAUGUUGAUUCUCAAUGCGAACAAGUCAUUAUAGAACCUAUCGAAUCUCAAAGCGAGUUUGUCAAUCUUUUUGUGGAUACGAUAGAAACAGACGACGUUAAUUCACUUCUAUUGGAAUCACAAAGCUAUAGUAUGUCGGUUGCUGUGAAAGAUUGCAUUUUGAAAAAAUCUACGAAGGUUUGUAAAAGCGUCGCCACCGACAUGGAAACUCCCUCAAAGCUGGACAAAGAUUUCAUUCCACAAAUUACCAAUGUGGAUAGUCAGGAUGAUCUAUUUGAAAGUAGCGUAAAUAUGCCAGUUCCUGAGGCAGAUACCAAGAUCGAACAAGUCUCAACGGGUGCAUCCUAUUCCUGUGUCCGGUUCACUGAUGAAAUUCGAGAAAAACGUACUCCUGACAGCAAAAAUAUCGCAGAUCUAAGUGGCUUAUUGGAUACUUCAAAGAAGACGAAAAAAAAAUCUAUUCCAAAUACUUUAACGGAUCGUUUGGAUAAACUUCUGAAUCGCGAAAAUUCCGAUUACCGUAUGUGGGAAUACGAAAUGUCAAAAACGAACAUAGAAUCCAAUUCGAUUCGAAAACCUGCUGUGUUUUGUAUUGAAAGAAUGUGGAAAGAAUACUCUCAUUUAAUAUUGCUAUGCUCUUAUUUUCAUGAAGAUUCAUCUUCUAAUAUAUCGUGCGAAUUCAACGAAUUAAAAUCAUUUGCUAAAGACGUAUCGAAUUCGAUUGUGAUUAUUUUGGAACAAGAUUGUUGCCCGAAAAAUCUAUCGUACUCUAGCGUAUUCCAAGUUCAUCCGCCAUGGAAAUUGUUAAAUUUUGAAAAAUGUGCUCCAUUAUUGAUGCUAAAACCGCGUAAAAUAUCGAUCAUGCCAUCCGACGAGAAUUCAGUUUUGUAUAAAGAUCCUACCAUACCGAAUAGUUUUAUUGUUACGAGACAAAGAGAACUAUGUUCUUGCGGAGAUCUUUGUUGUGAUUGUGGCUUACCGGACAGUUACCAAUUUUUAAUUCAGCCUCUUUUAUUCCCUGAUCUCAGUUUGUUUAAUCGACAGAAUUUCUCUUAUCAUCACUUCGAUGUAGAUACUUUUAAUUCUCGACAUAUUAAUGACGUUUUUAUAAAACAUAAGUUAUUUCCCACCUCGGACCUUACGUUAGAUGUUCAAGUUCUACAUUCUCACAAGGAUGAAUCUGUUCGUGAAUUUUCGUUUUGGUAUUUUGUUUGCUUGGAUGAAGAGAAAAACGUGUGCUGUGUUCUAGCGGAUGGUAAAACGAACGAUAUUUUGCCUUAUGUGGAUAAAGGAGUUAUUCUAAAAUUUACCGGAAUUUCACCUUGGAAAUUGAUUCCAUCCAAGAAUGUGAUGAUUUUUUUGCAAUACUUGAAUUUUAUCAAUUUUCCUGACGACGUGAAAAAAGUAAUCGAUUCGCAAAAUAUUGUUGUAUUUCUGCUAUCCAAUGAACAUGGAAAUGUCGAAUGCGUGUAUUAAUUUUACCAAACAACGAGCGUAUAAUUGAAAGAAAAUUUUCUAUUACAUAUGUAGUACAUUUAUUCGAUUUCGUAUCUCAUCGUUUUUUCGUACCUUUAAUUUUAGCAUGAUUAGUAGUUUUGAAUUCUAAUAUUUUAACUCGCUUAAAUCGAUUUUUUUUUUUUUUUUUGAAAAAAAGUUUUUUUGUUUUUAAUUCCGAAUUAUGUAUAUGUGUUGAAGUUUUGAUACGUUUAUUCAUUUUAAUUAUAUUGCGUAGGUCAAUUUUUCGUUCUGUUAUUGUAAUAAUUUAUCAAUUAAUGUUAUUUUAUAUUUCGAAUGGUCACUUGGAUUAUCGAUAUAUUGUUCGAAAGAACUGAAAAUCUUGAUUUUGUGGUGUAUUAUCCUACGACUCAUUACGGUAUUAAUCCUUUGACUUAUUAAUUAUUUAUCAACUUUCAUGAUUUGUAAUCUUAUGAAUUAAGUCAUGUAAUUUGUAUUUAAGUUGAUAACCAAAGUUUUCUGAUUGUUAACGUUCUAUUUUGUAAGGUGGGAUUUUUUUUUUAAUUUUUUUGAUGUCGUUAUAAAUUUUAAUCUUUAUAAGAUGUAUCUAGAUGUACUUAUCUGAUUUCGAUUUGCAUUUAAAUGUACAAUAAGCGUUCAUUGAACUUUGCAAAUAUGAACAAUAUGGGAUUAGUGAAGAUUAGAAUGAACCAGAUGAAAGAAUAUGUGUUGGUCGGCGUCUGAUUAGAGUAGUAAACCAUAUCGAGUCAAUUUUUCUGCUGUGAUUAUUUUCUAAUUUGUAGAUUCAUAAUUUCAAUGAAAAAAUAUGAAUCUGCUGUUUUGAAAAAUUAUUCUCGCCAUUAGAAUAUAAUUUUAAUUUGAACAAUAUAUCGUUACAUUGUUGAA